UUUCUAAUCAAACACAAAUCUUUAAUUAGAAAAAAACCAUUUUGGGAAAGAGUAACAUUAUUUACAAAAGAAUAUUUUGAAAAUAAAUCAUAAAGAAUCAUGGAAGUAAUUAAAAGUUAUUAAGAACUAAUUUUUAAAAAAACUUUAUUACCAAAGACACUCUCAUUUUUUUAAAUCUCGGAUACUCAAUAUGAUUUGAAAAAAACUCAUCUCAAGAUUUUCAACUAUGCCAUAGUCGUCGUCGUCCUUUAGAAGGAGCACCAGGGGAUUCAAAUCAUCAUCAUCUUCAUGAUUCGAAUGCCGCAAAUGUUGCUCCGGGAUUCUCGAAAUGAAGGGUCCGAAGAAGAGUGAACCAGCUGUGUUGAAAGACUGGGGAGACAAAGCUGGGGCAAAGGCAGAGAUAGUGAGCUAUAGUGCUGAAUUUGAAGUGGACUCCAACUUUGGGCUGCCCGGCGCAAUCACAAUACUCAACAAGCAUCAUCAAGAGUUCUUUCUUGACAGCAUUACCGUGGAAGGCUUUUCUCGUGGCCCGGUCCAUUUCCCUUGCAGCUCUUGGAUCCAGUCCCGGAAAGAUCUUCCCAAGAAGAGGGUUUUCUUCUCGAAUCAGCCUUACUUGCCUCAUGAGACACCAGAAGGUUUGAGGGCAUUGAGGGAGGAAGAGUUGAGAGACUUACGGGGCGAUGGGAGUGGGGUCCGCCAACUUCACGACAGGAUUUACGAUUUUGAUGUCUACAAUGAUCUCGGAAACCCCGACAAAGGUAUUGACUACGUUCGUCCCACGCUUGGCGGGGAUGGCAACAUCCCUUAUCCACGACGAUGCCGCACGGGUCGUGUCCCAUGUGUUACUGAUACGAAAUGUGAGAGCCGGUUGGAGAAGCCAGCACAAAUGUAUGUCCCGAGGGACGAGCAAUUCGAAGAGCCCAAACGCGACGCUUUCCUGAGCGCGAGGCUUAGAGGCACGAUGCACAACUUGAUUCCCGGGUUGCAGGUGAAGCUGUCCGCGAAAAAGAGCGACUUUGGAGGUUUCGAAGAUCUUGAUAGCAUAUACGGCGAAACCCUGUUUCGUAAGUUGGGGAUCGAUCAAAAUUUGCUGGAGAGGCUUCCCCUCCCUCAACUAGUGAGGAAGUUCAAGGAUGCUGACAUUUUCAAGUUCAACACUCCCAUGAUCCUUCAAAAGGAUAAACUGGCAUGGCUACGAGAUGAAGAAUUCGGAAGGCAAAUAUUGGCUGGCAUUUGUCCCGUUCACGUAGAAAGGCUUCGGACAUAUCCUCCUAUCAGCAAGCUUGAUCCUUCUCAGUACGGACCGGUGGACUCUGCACUCAAAAAUGAACACAUCCUCCCCUACCUUAACGGAAUGAGCGUCCAAGAGGCAUUGGACUCCAACAAGCUCUACAUUGUGGAUUACCACGACAUCUAUUUACCAUUCGUCGACCGCAUCAAUGCCUUGGAUGGGCGCGCGGUCUAUGCGACUCGGACUGUUCUGUUUCUGACUGGGGAUGGGACCCUGAAACCAAUAGCCAUAGAGCUAUGCCUCCCGGGGAACGGUCUCGCGUCCCGGUCAAGGGUCGUCACGCCCAACGGCAACGCGACGUCGUUCUGGAUGUGGCAAAUCGGGAAGGCCCACGUGUGGGCCAAUGACGCGAGCGUCCACCAGCUUGUUCACCAUUGGCUGCGGACCCACGCGGCGAUGGAAGUGUUCAUCUUGAGUGCUCAUAGGCAGAUGAGCGCGAUGCAUCCCAUCUUCAAGCUUCUUGAUCCCCACAUGAGAUACACACUGGAAAUCAACGCGCUGGCUCGCCAGAGUUUGAUAAGCAAUGAGGGAGUUGUGGAGUCUUGUUUCACUCCGGGCCGCUAUGCGAUGCAGAUCAGCUCUGCUGCUUACAAGAACUUCUGGCGCUUUGAUCUCGAAAAUCUCCCAGCUGACUUGGUUAGAAGGGGAAUGGCAGUGCCAGAUCCAACGCAGCCACAUGGACUAAAGCUUCUGAUAGAAGACUAUCCCUACGCAACGGACGGGCUCUUGAUUUGGGAGGCAAUUCAGAAGUAUGUGACCUCAUAUGUGAACCGCUACUACCCAGACGCCGACCGGGUGUGCAGUGACCGGGAGCUCCAGUCGUGGUACGCCGAGUCGGUCAACGUGGGCCACGCGGACAUGCGCAACGCGGACUGGUGGCCUACGUUGGCGUCCCCGGAGGACCUGUGUUCAAUCCUCACCACCAUCAUCUGGCUAUCCUCCGCGCAACACGCCGCACUUAACUUCGGGCAGUACCCCUACGGAGGGUACCUCCCCAACAGGCCGACGCUCAUGCGCCGCCUCAUCCCGGACGAAAACGACCCGGAGUACGCCGGGUUCGUCUCGGACCCUGAAGCCUACUUCUUCAAGGCUCUCCCGAGCAAGCUCGACGCGACGAAGCUGAUCGCGGUCAUCGACACGCUGUCGACCCAUUCCCCGGACGAGGAGUACCUUGGGGAGCGGCAGCAUCCGUCGACCUGGACGGCGGAUGCUGCCAUGGUGGAGGCGUUCUGCGAACUGAGCGCGGACAUCGUGCAGAUCGAGGAGGAGAUCGAGAGGAGGAACCGCGACCCGAGGCUGAAGAAUCGGUGCGGCGCGGGAGUGAUACCUUAUGAGCUUCUGGCUCCAAGCUCUCCACCUGGUGUGACUUGCAGAGGUGUUCCUAACAGUGUCACCAUAUGAUAUAUAUACAUUAAUGGAUUGUUAAUUCUAAGUAUAAAUGUAAUGUCUUUUGCCCUUUUUUUUGAGCAACUGCGGAUGAUGAUGAUGAUACAUUGUGGUUGGCUUUAUCAAUGAAUCUCAAUAACUAUGGGAGUAUUUU